CUUGCGUCUUGCCGCGAGGCACCGCCAAUGCGGCACAUCGCAAGUGAAAUUGGAGCACCUUGUAUUUUUCCCGUGAAGGCGGGAGGAUGAGAAGAAGCGGGUUUAGAGAAAAUAGUUCCAGUGUUGUCAAAUACGCGUAAACAUCAUCUUUGAUUGUAGUUUUGAAGAUAGUCAAGUAUUGGUAGCUGGUAAACAUGAUCUCUGGAGUGUUGAAUAAAUACCUUUUACCCAUUUCAUCUGUUUAAACUCUUCUAACGUCUGUGAAGCGUUCCUCGUCGACGUUGAGUUCUGCUAAGCUACAUUUGCCCGGUUUGUUCGUCUGUGCUCUGUCGGGAUGACCACAAGCAAACCCAACGAGCACGACGUCAGCCUCCCCUUCGCCGCCCUCCAGCUCCUCGCGCCCCCGGUGCGUCUGGUGUCGGCAGCCGUUUGGAAGGUGAUGAAGCAGAGGGACGUGCUGCAGUACGGGGUGCUGGAGGAGUUCGUAACCUCCGCCUGCGAGGCGGUCCCCGGGCUGCUCACCAUCAGACACCAGGGCAAGCUGGCUCUGGGGCUGCGAGCGCGGUUAAUCUUGGAGCUGUGCUACAACCAGCCUGACGUCAAGCUGGUGGAGCCUCACCUGAGGAGGAUUCGGACCUCUGACCCGUCCUCCUCUGCUCCUACUGCGAUGAAAGAUGCUAAAGUGAUAAAAGCAGCAAAGAAAUUUGACUUGUUGGUGCACACACUGCUCUCAAACCCGUCCAAGAGAGAGCAGUUCUUCAAGGAGGAGUUUCCUUUGGAAUAUGGUCCAGUGUUCGACCAGGAAUUAGAGAAACUACUGUGGGAAUUUUUGAUCCGUCUUGACCAACUGCUGCCUGUUCCCAACCUAGCUCAGACCGUGUCGUGGCUCAGUGGCGCUCCACCUGUCCUGGAGCAGUGUGCCCGUGCAGCCACCCAACCUCAGCUUCUGAAAACCGUGCUUCAGCAUCAAAGCUGUCUAGGUCACCUGGAGCCGGCAGCAUCUCUUCCACAAAACAUGGGAGACUCUAUUCUGGAUUCACUUUCUCUGCCCCUGUCUGGAAGAGUAGCUUCAGAUGAAUCAACACAAAUUAGAAAGUGUGCUGUGGACAAGUGCACAGAUGGUGCACAGACAACAGGCAACUUGCGAUUCAUUACGCCUGUUAUUGGAUUAAUAGCAAAUGAAGAUGUGCCAUGUAUGAUUUCUGCCAGUAAAAAGACAGUCACUCCAAUCAAUGCAACAAACGUGUUCAUAGACCCAAAGGAGAACUUGCAAAUACCCAUAGAUGAUGGGAAGAAAGGAGAAAAACACAUGCAGAAGAAGACCAAUUCCUCCAGAAGAAGUCUUAAAAGGAAACUCUACCAUCCUGUUCAAAGUCAAACUGAUUCUGACUCUGAUGAGGAGUAUGAAUCUUUAGGAAUGGCCAAAUCUGCUCAAAAGAGCUUUACUAGAGUGAGGCAGACCACAGGUGAUCUAAGAACUGACAGCACUGAAGUAAAAGAAACACAAACUGGAAAGAAUGAGGCGUGUAACACGUCAGUGCUGGUGACCUGUAUGAGCAAACUGGGUCUGAAAACGCUCCACCUGCCAGAAGAGCCAUCCCUCCGCUCCGUGUAUCUGUCCUGUCUGCACAGCCAACCCAGAGUCAUUGUUAGAAAACUGCCAGUGGCUCACCAGCCUGGUAGAAAGCAGCAGGGUGGGAGGAGGCAGUCGUCAGUCAAACCUGCAGCUCGUAAACCAUUCAACAAGCGUCAAAACCGUGACUCAGAUUUGCCUGACUGGGAUAAUAAAGAAAACCACCCUGCGUUAGCUGGAGUAAGCAGCUCUCCCUCCCAUCAUUUGAAUAACACAGACGAACAGGAGCUUCCAGGUGACAAUGAAGACUAUGUAGCUGAUUCUGAAGAUGAGGUGACCAAGAACUUGAAAGGCAGGCUGUUUAUGAAGCGCUACUACAGGACCAGACAUGGCACGUAUAUUCCCACACUCAGGGAAUUCUGGAAACCUGCAAAAAUGCAGCGCAGCAGUAAACGCAGAUGAUGUUUCUACCUCCAUGACUGGUCAACGCUAGAUGA